CCUGGCUCACGAAGAUGCGGAUCAAGUUGAAAACGCCACCCUGGCAACCCUGGCUGUAUGCACUGCAAAAGUAUCGUACUCGUAUAAAUGCAUUACAAAUUUCCUCAGCAUGAGAUAUAAAAUUUGUAAUGCGGAUUUACCUUCAGAAAAAAAUUUGUGAUGCAAGACUUGCAUUUAUACGAGUACGAUACUUUUGCACAGGAUAGGCUGGAGGACCAGUCGAAUCUGGUCGAGUGGCCUUUGGUGCACGCGUUACGGUUAUGCAUUGCAAAUAUGUCUCCUGGGUCUGGAAGAGUGCCAGAUUUGUCAUGCUGGUUUUCCAUGACCCUGAACUCUGUAUUGCGGGGCCAGCAAGAGCUCCUCUUCGAUCUGUCAUGCAAGAAGGCUGUUUGUCUUACUUUGUCAUGCGGAUUACGGAAGAACACGGAGCUCGCUCCUACGAAAAAAUCUGUCAUGCUUGGUGGUUCGUCACUACGUGCUUUCUAUCCACUGACAUGCAUCACAAGUUUCCAGACCCAGAUGUAUUUGCAAUGCAUAACGGUCCCGGAGGAGCCUGAAUUUGUCCUCGACGGACUUUUUUCUCCAAAAUUUGGUCCAGCUGAACUAUUUUCAGGUGUUGCACUAUAACCUGAUGCACGAAUUUCUCGCUUGCGAUUUGAUCUCCUACUCCCCCGGAGACCGGAUCACACCGAACGUGCAUUUUAUCGCAGUAAAAAACUGUUUCACUGUCAUGAUUUUGCAAGAUCUGCAUCACAAGUUUGUUACAUAUGGUACAGAAAAUUUGCCAUGCGCACUUCCCAAGGGAAAACACACUUAAAAAUCCAAUGUCUUGCAUGUGUAGCAAGACAAAUCGUUUUGUGUUCCAUUCCAUGCACCACAAGUUCACAGUGAAGCAGUUUUUUCGUGGGAUACAUUUGACCAGGGUGGACAGCCUGCCACGGUCGUUUGGGUCGCCGCUGGAAGCGCGACGGCAACUGGUAUGCAUUGCAAACAUGUCUGGGUCUGGAAGCAUGGAACUUUUAAUGCUAGUCCUGCACUCUUGUAAAAUCUGUGUUGCGUCAUGACUAGCAAAAAGACGCCAUCUUUUGUCAUACAGAAGCGCAGUUUCUCAUGCGGGCUGCACAUGAGAAAGUGUGCGCGAGACUUGUCAUGCUUGGCUGCAUUGGAAGGUAUUUCAGUCAUCGAGACCUCAGCAUCACAAGUUGAAGUUUCCAGACCCAGACAUGUUUGCUUUUGAUAACUGGCCAUGCUGUGCUACUCCGUGAACCGCUUGGGGAAGUUGCUGAUGACCCGGAUCCGGGAUAACUUGCUGCAAUCCACGGCAAGCGGGGGCUCAGCAGUUCUUGGGGGACCACCACUUGACGAUCAGAUGCUUGAUGUUAAUGCGUCCACUGGAGUGUCUGUGUCAUCCAGCACCAGCAUCCUCUCUGUCAUCGAAGCGCUUCUGUUCAAGAACAACGCAAAUACCACCGCCGUGUCGGAGCAGAACAUGGUGCAUUUCUCGGCUUUUGUCGACCUAGCGGAGCGGGCCUUCUUCCCGACGGAGCAGAAGCAGCUCGGGAUUUUGAAAAUUCCGAAGGUGAAGGAAAUUUUCUCUGCCGACGGGACACAGCUGCUUGACCGGAUAAUUCAUUCGCAGGGGGACAAUACGAACAACUUUUCCACCGGGGAACUACAAUCUGAAAGUGGUCCUCUCGACGGGUUGUCCAAUGCGCAGAACCUUUUUUUGAUCACGAAACGGGAGUUUUUGUCGAACAUUUUCAAGAUGCUGACGGGGCGGCCGGCUUUCUUAGCGGACAUGCCGAAUCAGAAGGUGCACGUGGAUGAAAUCGCGACCGCUUUGUGCGACGUGUCUAUGCAAGAAAAAAACUGUGUACUUAAGUGUAAAUCUGUGAUGCAGAAACUGCAAAACAGUUACAUCUUGUCAUGCUGGAAGUGCGUCAUAGGCAUAGCUGUGUAUCAUACGUGUUUUCACGUACUAGCUGCGCUUGACAGGUUUUUUCUGUAAUGCAAAACGAAUUUGUGAUGCUCCUCUGCCUACAAAGUUACACUUACACAGUUUUUUUGCUCGAUAGUGUCCUCUUCGCAAUUACUGAAGUUGCGAACCAUGGUGCUGCAGAAAUACAACAGCUAUCAAAUGCAAAAGUGUCUGGGUCUGGAAGAACGCAACUUGUGAUGCUGCAUUUGGAUAUCGAUAUCUAAAAAAAUUUGUGUUGCAUGAGCAGCAAAAGGAUUCUAAUUUUUCCUACGCAGAGAGGGCAUUUGUCAUGGGGAACAGGCAUCAUGAAUCGUUCAAAAAACCUGUGAUGCUAGGGCAUGCAUCACAGACAUCACGUCUCAUGUAAACCGUGCAUGACAAGUCUCAGAACCUUCCAGACCCAGACACUUUUGCAAUCCAUAACAGCUUCGAAGCGGCGUUUCAAGAUUUAAGGUACAAGGAAGACCAGGAAGAAGCAGAUGGGACGAAAACGGCAAGGGGACAAACCGGAAAAAAUAACACAACUUCUCUCGGUCGCAACGUGGAGCUAGCCAAAUCCGCGGGGAUUGAGAUCCAGGAGUUUGUGACUCGGGAAAACUUGGUGAAAGCGUAUCUAGAACUGGUUCACGACCGGAAUCUAGCGGAGGAAUCCGCGACCAGUACCGCGCCAGCGACGCCGGGCGGUGUUGAUGAUAAAACACAGCAGCAAGAGCAACUUUUCGACGGUGGUGACCAAGAUGGGUUUCAAGUGGACGGCCGCUCUGGAUCCAAGUCCGAAACGAAGAAAAAGGAGAUUAUAUGGGUUGCAAAAGCACCGCACUUCUAGUAUAAAUUGCAUUACAAAUUGACUUAGCGUUAGCAACAUUACAUAAUCCAAUUUGUAAUGCGGAUUGACCUUAGGAACUAGAUUUGUAAUGCAGAAAUGCAAUUACUACCACUACGUAGUGUGAUGCUUUUGCAAUGCAUAGAUCAACAUCGGGGUCGAUUUUGAGGAAGAAGAGGAGCCGGAACUCACCAAGUUGGAAGUCAACCAAAUUCUCGCGUCCGCCGUUCCCGGUAUCAAGUGCAAAAAUGUCUGGGUCUGGAAGAUUGCGAGACUUGUCAUGUAUAUUUUGCAUAACCCAUGAUGCCUGUAAUGCAUGACCUAGCAUCACAGAUUUUUGACGGUCCUUCUGAUGCGUAUUCCGCAUGAGAAAUGCCCACUCCGCGUAGCACAAACUGAGUUCCUCUUGCUGGUCAUGCAAUACAGAUUUUUCCUACCUUCCAAAGACAGCAUCACAGGUUGCAACAUUCCAGACCCAGACACUUUUGCAUUUGAUACCCGGUUCCAGCGCGCAAGACCCAGAGGAUCUGGAGGAUCAGCGGAAUCAGGUGAUUGAAAACUUGGUGGAAACGAACAAGGACUCGCUGAAACUGUCCAACUGUUUAUCCUGAGUAAAAACGUCCCCACCCCAGAGUCAAGUUGGUAAAUCUGCAACACAAAUCUCCAAGGUUUGGGAGUUGUGCAUGACAAGUUUCCGUCUCCCGUGUAGUGCUGGUUAGCAAGGGAAGUGCUGGUUAGCAAGGGAAGCUCAUCCUGUUUUACAGCAUUACAGAUUCCAAAACAUGACUGGAAACGCCUCUCGUAGAGCUGCGCAUCACAAAUGUUCCUGUAAUCGCAAAGCUGCAUGACAACUCUGGGGUGGGGACGUUUUUACGCAGGAUACUGCUGGGCAUUUCACGAAGACCCGUAUGAAGACCCUGCGUACCGGCACUUGGCGGCGCGGAGACGGAAGGUCCAGGACGACGAGGCAAACGCGCUUUUCGAGUACGCGAAAUGCUUAUCGAAGAUGACGCACUUUUCCCAGCGAACUGAGACCAGGAAGAUCGACGGAAUCCCCAAGGAAACCUGGUUCCACCUCCUCGCUCUGUCCGCCCCGCAGGUCGGGGUAUUUGUGUUUCGGAAGCGGCUGCUAUUAAAGUACGGUUCCUGGGUGCAGUCGUUGAAAAAUUUGCUGUUGUUUUCCUCCGGAGAAUAUCUGAAACAGGGCGGGAAAAAAACCACCGCGGCGUCGCACUCUGGAAAAGCCAACACGAUUGAAACGAAAAGAGUGGUUUUCACGUGGCGUGACCAAAUCGUCCACGAAAACACGAGCAAAGCGGAGCAGUUCAUUGUCGGCGCGGACCCGCACUUGCUUCCCCCGGUGCAGGAAAUUGAAAAGUUGAACUUUUUGAACUUGACCAACCGCAGCAUGAGCAAGGGGGAUUUGGGCGGCGCAGCAGAAGGCGACCUGAAGAUCGACCCCGCUGUAUCGUAAGAAAAAAUCCCCCCUCCCCAUAUCGAAAAGGGACGCAUCAGAAAAUUCGUGAUGCUGAUUUGUGACCACAAAUCGUCUCUGUGUUGCAAGAACGCAACUCCACAGGCUCCGCCGCAUUCUGCAGGCGGUUCGUGAUGCUGUUGGCCCUAGAGACUACACGCUUGCCAUGCUCAGCGCCUAGCUCAAAACCUCCCUACUCAGGCUGAGCAUAGGCCUGCAGUCCUCUCCAGAAAGACAAGUCUGAUUUGUGUUCGCAAAUUGAUUCAGCAUAAGAAACUUCGUUUCGAUAUGGGGAGCGAGGGGGCAUUUUCCCUUUUGAUACGCUGUCGAAGCGCAGCAGAACGGGCUGGCGCCGCACUUGCAAAAAUGGCAGUUUUAUGGAUUGCAAAAAUGUCUGGGUCUGGAUCUGGAAGAUUGCAACUUGUCAUGCUGAAUCUGAAUCAUACAAAAAUCUGUGUUGCUUGAGUGCCAAAAGCUGUCCACAAUCGACCAAGUGGGUCGUAGGAGAUUUUUCUCAUGCAGGAUAGGCAUGACAGAGACCUCACCGCGUCUGUCAUGCUAGGCCCCACAUUCCAUGACUCAUGGGUCAUGCAAAACCUGCAUUGCAAACAUCUGCACUCGUCCAGACCUAGACAGAUUUGCAGUUGAUAAGUUUUUCGAAGUUUUCGGAGGCGCUUUGGAUAUGAACCGGGCGGAUUGCGAGGGACUGUUUCAGUACUUGCUGUACCAAAUGUAAAAAUGUCUGGGUCUGGAAGAAUGUGAACUUGUCAUGCGGGUUUUCCAUGACCCUUGAGGUGUGGAAUGCGGGACCUAGCAUGACAGAGGCUGUGAGGUCUCUUUCAUGCCUAUUCUGCAUGAGAAACUGCCUUUAAACUUGUUCGAAAGUGGACCUCUUUUGGUAAUCAUGCAACACAUUUUUUUGCAUGAUUCGGAUUUAGCAUGACAAGUUGCAAUCUUCCAGACCCAGACACUUUUGAAAUGCAUAUGCUGUCGACGCAGAUGCGUAGUACUUCUUCUUCUUCGGGACGAAAUUUGAAGCACCAGAUGGCGAUGUCCACAAACCAAUAUUUACAAUCGUUCCACCAAGCAGAUGGGUUUGACUUGGAAGAGUUCGCCAUCCGGCUCUGGGCCGCGAAACCCCCGGGUAUUAAAGUGGAACAGUUGUUAAUGCAGAAGCUCGGGCUGUUGGCGGUGGAGGAGGAGGAGGAACGGCAAAUGGCAUCGUCGCCAAAAUCGAUCUUGAAACAGCAGGCGAAGAAAAAGUUCCUGGAUCCGAGGAGACCUCUGUUAAAAACAGAAUUCGCGGCGGAAAUUUUCGGGAUUUACCUGACCCGGGGCAGUCGGGUCUCGUACGAGAAAAAGCGCAUGCGGUCGAUGCGGACGGGGUCGAGUAUGACAGUGCACAACUCCACCCUCUCGCUCACAUUUGAACUUGUCAUGCAAAACCCCAAAUCCAAUCGCUUCCUUGCGGCACUGUUAGCAUGACAAAUUCCGGAUGAACAAGCCCGAACAGUACUACACUAGGCACACGAACUUGUCAUGCAUAGCGUCCACUUGUGGUCGUGUUUGUAUUUUUGCUGUUCAUGCUAUACAAAUUCAAAUGAGGCGGAGUGGGAGUUGUCUUCACUCUCAUAUCGAGCAGCUUGCUGAAGUCGACUUCCGACACAGCGGACGAGAACACGAUGCUGAACGCGAAAACAAGUAGCACGAAACCCGGCGCGGCGGUAGGAACAUCAGGUCAUCUUGGCGCUUCCUCGCCAACCAAAGCAGGAUUAGGUUCCAAUAAGCCAGCGACGACUCAAUCCAAAAACCUGAAGUCCAACAUGAACAAACUGCGUCGCGCCGCGCGCGCCGGCGCGCAAGCCGCGAUGGCAGCGAUAUUGAGAGGAAAUAUCCCCCCUCCACAUAUCGAAACGAAGUUUCUGAUGCUCGAUUUGCGUACACAAAUCAGAUCUGUCUUGCAGCAAGUGCUUGGCGGCAUUUUCUGAGCUUGUCUGUGUAUGCAGAAGGCUAGCAAUUGCGCAUGACAAAGGGGUUUGCCGUAGUCGAAUGGGCAUGACAGACUUGCUCUGGAAUGCGUCAAAUGGCUCCUAUGGCCCUACAUGCAAGACAAAGAUGAUUUGUGGCCACAAAUCAGCAUCACAAAUUUCCGUUUUCGAUAUGGGGAGGGGGGAUUUUUCCUCUCAAUAGGCGAGCGCGCAGAGUCCGCAUGUGAACGAGAUGACAAAGUCACGGGACGGUCCAUUGGUCUUCACCUACCCACCGUUGACUGGGUUUGAAUAUCGUGUGUAAAAACGCCCCCACACCAGGGUCAAGAUGAGGAUUUUGCAACACAAACCUCGAGGUUUUGGGAGCCACGCAUGACAAGUUGCAGGCUGUAGUGUAAUGCACCAGUUUAGCAAGGAAAGCCGCAUAACAAAUUCAUCUCCUUAUCCUGUUCACUGCAUUACAAGUUCCAAAAUACAAUGGGAAAUGCCUCUCAUGGGGAUGCGCAUUACAAAUGCUCGUGUGCUUGCAGAUCCGCAUGAUAACUCUGGGGUGGGGAUGUUUUUACACAGGAUAUUGAAGUGUCCAAACUCUACGACAUCUUGCGGGAGAAGAAGGCCGGGGACUUGCCGACGUGCCACUCGUAUCCUGUGCAAAAGUAUCGUACUCGUAGUAAUUGCAGCGAUGCGUGACAAAUCUUUUUUCUAAGGUCAAUCAGCAUUACAAAUUCCAUUUCUCAUGCUGAUGAAAUUUGUAAUGCAAUUCAUACCAGUACGACUGCGAUGCUUUUGCAAUUCAUAACUCGUUGUUGCGGCACUUACCGACGAACGUGUCGGAUGUGCUGUGCAUGAGUCAGACGAAGUACCACGUGGGCGAAACGGCAUUUUUGUCGUACAAUCUGCCCCGAUCGGCGUUUCUGUCGAGUCAAAACCUCACGACGAGAACGAGCUCUAAUCCGAAAACCGCUACUACAGCAGGAACAACAGGAAGUGCAACAAAGUACCUAACCCUCUACCUCGCCUGUCUAUCCGGUUCCGUUGUCGUCUCCUCCCAACAGGAGCAGAUCAUCCCAGAUACCCCCGCCGGGUACACGGUCAUUCCCCCCCAGCCCACUUCGAAGAUCCACAGCUCGAGAAUCCGGUCGAAAGUGGAAAUCAAGAAGAACGAAUUCGACGGGUUGAUCACCAUGCAGUGCCCACCGCCGAACAAUUCGCUGGAAAAGGUGUUCUCCUUCGCCAUUAUCGCGGAAGAAGCAAGUACCCACUCGAAUCAGGACCGCGUUUCGGAGAAAUACAAGGACAAAAACCAGUUCUUCCAAUUAAUCGGCGAACCCGUGCAGUACCAAAUCCACGGCCCGAAACCAGGCAGGCCAACGAUUGAAAACGUCACUCCCACCUCCUGCGAGUUGAAGUGGCGUCCGGUGCACCCGACGGAACAGUUUAACAGCAAAUACUUCGGACCGGUCACGGAAUACGUGGUACGUGCGGAGCCGAUGGUAAAUGUUUUUGAGGAGAAUACCAGCACGGUAGGGCAUAGUCGUUUUCAGAUCGAAUCGAAAUGGAACGGGAAAACGCAACUGUGUAUCAAAUGUAAAAAUGUCUGGGUCUGGAAGAAUCCAAACUUGUGAUGCUGCAUUUGGAUGUCUAAAUAAAUUUGUGUUGCAUGACCAGCAGAGGGAAUGCAAUUUUGGCUACGCGGAGAGCAGGGCAUUUGUCAGGCGGAAUAGGUAUCACGAAGCCCUCAAAAAGUCUGUGAUGCUAGGGCAUGCAUCACAGACAACAUGGCCCAUGCAAAACGCGCAUGACAAGUCUCGGAAUCUUCCAGACCCAGACACUUUUGCAUUUGAUACUGUGCGAGCCGGUUUGCCGAUUCCACGUGAGUAAUUUGACCCCUGGGUUGCCGUACAGGUUUUCAGUUUUACCGCGGCACAGACCGGUUUCUAACACCGGGAUGAUGGAAGCCGCGGGUAAUUCGAGCAUGCUAUUAGAAGACAGUUUGACAAGCAUCCCGGGGUUAAUGAACAACAAUUCCGACUUGUUCGACUCUUCCCUCACGCUCGAAACCGGUGGUUUGCUGCAGCUACCGAGUGGAAAAAGUUUGUCGAAGGCCCCCUCGCUCGGGAAUCUUUCCUCGCACUCCGGCUCCAUUCCCCAACCCGAGUCCAUCGAGGGCACCGCGAGUUUGGCUUCGGAUAUCAUCAUUCCGCCGUUACGGCAACGGCCGCAGGCGCCGGGACGACCGGAAAUCAUCCGGAUUUCCACUGAGGAAGCGACUUUGAGGAUGCCGCGGUCUGCAGUGUCGGGGAAGUCCGGCGGCUUUAGUCUAGGUCAAGGAAAAGAGAAAGUUGAGUCUUUUGAUGACUUAUGCAAUGCAAAAGCAUCGUACUAGUAUAGAUUGCAUUACAAAUUAGCCCAGCAUUACAAAUUGAAUUUGUAAUGCUGAUUUACUUUGAGAAAGAGAUUUGUAAUGCAUAAAUGCAAUUACUACGAGUACGAUACUUUUGCCCAGGAUAUGACUUGGUUUUGGAGUACUGCGUAGCGGAGGAAAACGAGAUGGAGGUUUUAUUGGAGGAAGUAUCCUUUUUUUAAAACGUCCCCAGCCCAUAGUCAAGAUGCGAACUUUCCAACCAAAAUCAACAAGCUUUGGCUGUUGCGCAUGACAAGUGUAGCCGCGUAGUGUAAUCGCGCUGAGCUAGUGCAGCAGCAUCACACUUCUAGCCUAUUUCUAUUAUGCUGAUUGGAGCAUCACAAAUUUCAAAGCAGCGCUAUAGAAUGCGUCUCAUGUAGUUGGGGCUCCGCAUGAGAGACAAUUGAAGCAUGUAGAUUUGCAUGACAACUCUGGGGUAGGGACGUUUUUCCUCAGGAUAGGAAGAGAAAAAAGUGAAGAAAUUCAACGCGGGAUUUUUGUCCGGGAAAAAACAAUUAUCGGAUCCGUUCCAAAAAGCUCACUUAACCAAUCCGAACACCUGCACCGGUUGGGUACAGUUCCCGACGGGAAGUCUGUAUCACAAGAUCCAGGGGGAUUACGUGUUAAUCAAAGUAAAACCAGUGCCAGUAUUGCAAGGAAAAAUCCCCCCUCCCCAUAUUGGAAACGCAUCCGUCUGAAAAUUUGUGAUGCAGAUUUGUGCGCACAAAUCGCGUCUGUCUUGCAAGAAGGCAAGUUCAGGCUGUCCGCCACGUGAUGCAUGAGAUUUGUAAUGCUGUAAGGCCUACAGGGCAGCCGUCUACCAUGCUAGGCGCCUACAUCAAGAGGCCCCUGCCUAGGCUUACGAUCUGCGUGCAGUCCUUUACUGCAACACAGACUUGAUCUGUGUAUCCACAUCCAGCAUCAGAAGUUUUGUUUUGAUAUGGGGAGGGGGGAUCUUUCCUUUUGAUAGCCGGAAAACUGGCUGAUGCACAUUGUCACGAAGGAAAGCGUAUCAAAUGCAAAAGUGUCUGGGUCUGGAAGAUUCCGAGAUUUGUCAUGCAGUUUUUCAAGCUCCGCCAGGUCUGGAAUGCAGGGCCUAGCAUCACAGGUUCUGCAGCCCCUUGGUGAUGCCUAUUCUGCUAUGAGAAAUGCCCUCUCAACAUGGCCAGAAGUGGGGACCUUUUGCAAGUCAUGCAACACAGAUUUUUGUAUGAUCCGCAACACGCAUCACAAGUUCGGAUUCUUCCAGACCCAGACAUAUUUGCAUUUGAUAAAGCGAGAAGGUGGAAGAUCAAGGAGUUGUCGAUGGGGUAAGGAAAGACGGAUUGUACGACGAUCCCGGGGAGGAAUUCGUGGUCCCAGCAGCAGCGGCGCAGAAAGGCAGCAAAAGGAAUUCGAAGCAAGCGCAGAUUAUAGCAGAGGAACCUGCAGUUGAAGUAGUGGUCCCACCCACGACCCCGCCGGCGAAUAAAUCUUCGAAAAUCAUUCUGAAAGCGGCGGUCCAAUCCGAUAUUGCUGGCCUGUCCGAUUUUUCUGAGCUCUCCUUACCGAGAAACACUGUACACAACUCGCAGGAGAUGGGCAGGAUAAAAUUUUUCCACACCGAUUACGAGAAAGCGUAUUCGAAGCUGUACUUAGAAAUCCCGGACGCGCACGUUUCCUACGAUCAGGUGAUCUUGGAUUACCAAUACGAAAUCCAGCUGUGGACGGAUAAGGGCAACGAGCACCCGUACUGCUUAGCCGACCCCGAUGGAACCGCGGCGGACGCGCGAAAGAGGAUCGCGUUCGAACGGGAUCGAAAUAAAGAGUACUCCGAUCCGCAUCGGAUUCGGAAGUUCUGGAAUUGCCUGUUUUCUCACGUCGGGACCUUACCCACCGCGAAGUCGUCUUGUCUCCCCGGGAAUACAACAGCCGGACAGCAGAAGUCUUCAAAUAAAUACAACGGGACGAGGUCCAGGUUUUACAGCAGUAAGAAACCACAGCCGACCUAUUCCUUCUCCACAGAUCGAUACGGGAAUAAGAUUAGAACGCAGAAUCCGAUUGAUGAAACCUCUCCGGAAUUUGUAGCUUUCAGCAACUUCGCCGAGCUCCCCCAGGAAUUACAGCAGAACGGGACGGUGUUGCAGGGAAACUUGGUGUUAGCGGAUGUCGUUUUGGAGCACAUCGGGACAAAAAACUCGAAUUCCAACAUAAAUCGGGAACUCCUCGAAACACUGAUCGCAAACCACCACGACUGCUACGUGUCCGUGAAAAUUCGGGCCCGAUUUAUUUCCGGGCAACCCAUGCCCUGGAGCGACAACCGGCUGGUGAAGCUACCGGAGAGGAUGUUUUCGGAUUCCUACGCCGCGAAAUGCCUACUCAUCUCGCCUGUCUUUACCGAAUUGGCGAAACAACAUGCGGAGAAACUCUCCUCCGGCGCCAAAGACGCUUCGCGCACGAAGUUCUACGAAGAAAUUCCGAACGACAAACAAGCGCUUUCCGUCUACCUAGCGGGAGCCAAUCUCGACGCCAACCAGCGACUCCAAAAGGCGCAGAACUGGGAGAAAAUCCGGGCGCGGGUAGCGUCCCAGUUGCCGAAGGGAGGAAAGGGGAGCAAGAAGAAAGCGAGAGCGGUGGCGAAGCAACGGUUGGAGUUGGAUAUCACCGAAGAAGCGGAGACGAUGCUGGUAGACACGGAGAUGCUGUUGAAACGGUCUUUAAACGUCGACCAAGAUCCAGAACACCCCCUUGACCCGGUUCUGGUGCAGAAGCUGACAAAACUCUGCGACUCUCUAGAAUCGAAGGAUUUGUUCUUGGAUUUGGUCGAGAAAGUGGUUGGGGGCAGAGCGGCUUUGGCGGUCAAAUACGGGAAGUUGAUGAUUGGAUCUGGUGCAGCUCCUGCACCGGGGAAAAGCGCUGGGAAGACUGGUACUACUACCACUUCGCAAGACCAACAAACUUCCGUGUCGCAGCAAGGCUCGAAGGAGUCCAAUGCAAACGAGGAGAAUAACUACGAAAGCCCAGGCGACGAGGACGAGCACACAGCGGUCGCCGAGCCUCACGACGAGCCGGAGCCCGCCACCGUGGGUGAUACGAACAACGACCACGACGAAGUUGUGUCCCAGGCGGAACCGACAGGAAUAGCUAUCGAUGAGAACGUGAAAGCGUUAGUGGAUGAGAAACUAUCAAAAGGACAGAACCACUCCGAUCAAGUGGAACUCCACUCCGAGCUCUCCGCCUUUCUUCGGUCCUUCGGCUGUCUCGCGGACGUGGUUGAACAGCAAGCGCAGCAGGGGGCAUCGCCAGGAGCUUCUGGUGAACAGCCGGACAAAAACAAAAAGUCAGCAGGUGGAGCAGCUACACCCGCACAGGUUCUGGGCAAAACCUGGAAAUCAGCGGUCGACUCCGACGCUUUGGAGAACAACUCCGCGACUACCAACAUCACGAAAACCACAGUGAAUGACGAUGAUUUGAUCGACUUUGGCCAGAAGGCCAGAGCGGGUCUGAUCGGGACUACAAGUAGCAAAACCGCGAAGUGCCGGCUCCGGCUGGACUUGUUCUCCGAUAAAGACGACAAUUCCACCGCGCAGUCUUUACACGCUUGCCGGUUAUGCAUUGCAAAUAUGUCUGGGUCUGGAAGAGUGUAACUUGUCAUGCUACAUCUGGAUCGUGGAAAAAUUUGUGUUGCAUGAUAUACCAAAAGAGGUCCACUUUUGACCAAAUUUAGAUGCAGGAUCUCUACGGUCUGUCAAGCUAGGGCGUGCAUGCCAGACCGCGCGGGUCAUGGAAAAGCUGCAUGACAAGCCUAGCACUCUUCCAGACUCAGACAUUUUUGCAUUUGAUACCGGUUACAACUCCCCUAUUUCGAGAUUAAUCUGAACGACCAGGCGCCGUUUUUGUUGAAGAAUCUGCAAACCAUCCCGGAAUUAUUGACGAAAGACCCGGUGGAGACGACCAUCACGAAGGACAUUCACAGCUUGCUCUUCGAAAAAUACCAGUUGAACGACGACUAUGACAAUUUCGACGAGUCCAAACUCGCCUCAAUUCUGGAUAUGCACUGCAUAUGUGUCUGGGUCUGGAAGAUUGCUAGUUUGUCAUGCUUGUCUCACAUGAAUCUUAACUCUGUAAUGCAUGAACAGGAAACUAGCCUUUUGCCUGUCAUGCAAAACCGCAGUUUGCCAUGCGGAAUGCGCAACACAUAGUAGAAGCUCCGAAACUUGUAAUGCUUCACUGCAGUAACUGCAGUGGGUCCAUCAGUGGCAGACUUGCAUCACAAGUUUUUGUCAGACCUCCCAGCAGGCACUUUUGCAAUCCAUAUUGGACGAAUUGCUACAACUCGUCCUCGACCCGCCGACCAAUUUUGAGGACGCGUCCGAUACGGAAAUCGACAAUAAAAAGAACGAUUUGUUAAACGAGGGAAUCGUCGGUGACCACGAUUUAUCCUGUGUAAAAACAUCGUAGGUACUCGUAUAAAUGCAUUACAAAUUUCUUCAGCAUGAGAAAGAAAAUUUGUAAUGCGGAUUUAGCUUAAGAAAAAGACUUGUAAUGCAUGACUGCAAUUACUACGAGUGCGAUACUUUUGCACAGGAUGCGAUUUGCUCUCCACCAUGGUUCGAGUGGAAAGGUUCCAGAAGUUCAUCAAAUUUCUGAAAGUGGAUGGUCUCAACUGGGCCUACACUUUCUUCAACUCGUUGAAACAGUCUGCGGACGACGACAUGAGCGGGAUACCCAAAGUGGAAGAAAUGCUCGCACUUCUCAACGAAGUGCAGGGCUUUGGCGGAUUAGAUAAAUUCUUCGAGUUUGUGCAUUUCUUCGAGGAUAACAAUCCGGGAACCAGGUCCAUGGCCGCCAGUGCGAAGAAGGACAAGAAGAUAUGCAGUGCAAAUAACUCUGGGUCCGGAAACCUGUAAUGCUGAUUUGCUGCUGAUUGCAACGCUUGCCAUGGCAGCCAAGCACGACAAGUUUUUGAAACGCUUCGUGAUGUCUAGCACACAUUACAAAUUGCGUUUUAUUUGCAUGACAACAAAGUCGGCUCUUCUGCUGCUCACGCAACACAGAUUUGCUAGGAAUGCAAGACACGCAUUACAGGUUUCACUUUUCCAGACCCAGACACAUUUGCAAUGCAUAGAAGAUCGAGAAAGACAAAAGCAAUUACUGGGACGCGGUCAAUUUCUGGAAUUCCUUCCUAACCGCCCCCGGCCCGUUCCAGAUGCUAGCGAACGGGCAGAUCGUGCCGCACCCGCAGGCGCACAUGCUGAAACAGGACACGAAACGGCAUUUGCUGCAGCACAAGCAAAUCGCAGUGCAGCUGUUGUUGCAUUUAGACCAGUGCGGGACCAAACCAUUAUUAGGUUUCCACACGGCAAACAUCCGGCCGAAGUUGAAGAAGAAACAGGCGGCCAUGAUGGCCAAAUUGCAGAAACAAUCCCAGUUGCAACAGGCGCAGGCGGCGAGUUCUGGAGGAGCAUCAUCCACUCCGAUGAAGCCAGCGGUUGUGCAGCAACCUGCCCCAGAAGCGGUUGUGCCGCAACAGACGAGCCAGAAUUCCGAGCUGCAUAAGAUUAUGGAGAAGGGCAGACGGGGCAAUGUUUUCUGGUGCGGGAUGGCGCGGGCGCUGGAAAUUCUCACGAUUAACGCGGAAAUGAAACUGGACCACUACGUGGAAGCCGGAAAGGUUUUGGAUUACUGCCACCGGGAAUUGUUCCAGGGAAAAGAGUAUGCACUGCAAAAGUUAAUCGUACUGAUAGUAUUAUUCGCAGUCUUGCAUUACAAAUCUGAUUCCCGAAGUAAAUCAGCAUCAGAAAAUCCAUUUCUCAUGCUGAGGACAUUUCUCAUGCGAUUCCCACACCCACUUAGUGCGAUCCUUUUGCAAUGCAUAAAGAGGAACAGAUGCCGUUGCGGGACUUGAUGCUGCUGAUGGAACAGGGGUAUGGAUCGCAAAAAGGUCUGGGUCUGGAAUAGCGGAACUUGUAAUGCUGUCUGCGGAUUCUAAAAAUAUCUGUGUUGCAUGAGCAGCAAGAGGAGUCAGUUCUUGGCACGCGGAGAGGGCAUUUCUCAUGCGUAAUUAGCAUCAAGAAGCUCUCAAAAGAUAUGUGAUGCUACCACCAGCAUCACAGACCUCGCGGGUCAUGCAAAAUGUGCAUGACAAGCCCCGACUCUUCCAGACCCAGACAUUUUUGCAGUUGAUAAGGGGUCGUUGGUGAAAGGGGGUAUUCGGGAACUCGCGUUGAAGGUUCAGAAGUGCAAGCCGAAGCGGGUCAUUCCUUUAUUGGAAACCUUAUCCGAGCCGAGGAUGAUGAAGCUGAACGAUGACUAUGUCCGGGACGCGCUAACCCUCGUAUUGGACACCGGCGGCCCGACGAAAUGUCAGGAGACCCUCCGGGACGCCAAGCUGUUCAUGCGACAGCUUUCCAACGGAAACUGCAGUCUGUUUGAAUUCGAGAAGGCUAGCCGGUUUUUCGGCGGCGGGACAGACAUCGUGAAGUCGGCAAGGUAUUUGGAGAAAUUCUGUAGCGGGUACGACCACUUCCCGAUUCUGAAAAUCGUGCAAUUGAUCGGCGUACCAAAUGCAAAUAUGUCUGGGUCUGGAAGGUUGCAAGACUUGUCAUGCAGGGUUUCCAUGACGCAUGAGAACUGUCAUACAUGAUCUAGCAUGACAGAUUCUGCGCGACCUGUAUCAUGCCUCGCCUGCAUGAGAAACUGGCUCUCCACUCCGUCCAAAGUGGGAAGCUUUUGGUAAUCACGCAACACAGGUUUUUGCACCAUCCGGAAUGUAGCAUGACAAGUUCACAUCAUGUUAAAGUUAAUGUUUCCAGACCCAGACAUAUUUGCAAUGCAUACGGCGCGAUCGCCCCGGACGUGCAGCAGCUGCCCGCAAUGUGGGAUCUGCUACAGCAAGUGCAGGACGUGCAGAUCCAUGAGGAUUGGUUGAAGGAAACAACAGCGGCGAAGUCGGGCAAAGAAGUAGAAUUCUCGCCGAGCCAACUCCUCGAAAAGCCGUUCAAAGUCACAGAUUUGAAGGACUACAAGCACAAGACGAAGGUGUUGGUGCAGAGGUGGGAACGCGACCGGGGGAAACAGGUGGAGGAAAUGAAAUUGGCGAAGGAUGAUGAGAUGGAGGGGGAGGAAGGGGAGCAGAGCGGUGAUCAUGCCGGAGGAGACGCCGCGGCUGAUGACAGGUAUUGGUAUAGGUAUACUAGUUAGAUCAUUCUACAAGUAGUUCCUCGCGUUUUAUUCUCCGUUUGUUCGUUGCAGCAUCAUCUUGCAGUAGCAGUUGCAAGAUCAUGAAGAUUGGCGCUCGCUAUAGUCGUGCAACAAGUUUUUAAAAACAAAAUGCAUAUAUCCGAUACAAUACCACAAACAGCGCCAACAGCACUUCCAUCAAGCCCUCUGUGAAAGACCAACACCUCUUUUCUUCCGAAUCACAAGACAACCUCCCGGCCUCCAUCGAGCAAGCGUUCAAUGGUGUGGAACAGGUCUAUGAUAGCAGCAAAGCUCCUCCUCCCACUUCUAGCAUGACAUCGAACAGCACAGCAACGAAGAAGAAGUCCGCUCUGCAAAGCCUUUUAUCCCUGUUGAAAACGGAGGAACUACGGUUGACCGACUUGGUCAUUGUCCUUCAGUUUCUAAGGAAGAACGGUUUUGCCUUCGAAGACGUGGUCAAUAACCUUCAGUACAUGAAUCUGAUCGUGAAGCUCUCGAAAGAAGAAUUGCUGCCGAGAGACGACUACGACACGGCUUUGGAAGGAGAAAAACAGGUGGAGCUGUCCCCGGAACAGAACAGCCUCCACCGAAUUUUAGACCACGUCUUUCACAAGUACAAUAGUCACGCGCACGCGCAGAACCAGAGGCAUCACGCGUCGACAAAUAGUAUCAAAACCUACAAGAAGUUUGACGAAGACUUGAUCCAGCGGCUCGCCACAGUUCACUGGCUCAACACGUUCAAGCUCGGGGAGGAAAUCGUUCGUGUCACGAAUUUAUGCACUGCAAAAGUAUCGUACUUGUACUAAUCGCAGUCAUGCAAGACAAAUUUCAUUUUGUAGCUAAAUCACCAUGACAAAUUCCCUUUGUCAUGCUGAGGCAAUUUGUGUUGCAAUACUACGAGUACGAUGCUUUUGCAGUGCAUAAAACUGCCCCGACCACGCGAAGUUCGCGGAGACUUUGUCCGAGCAGAAAUUUCAAUUUUUCCUAGAAAACGCAGAGGAGUUGGAGGAAAAAUUCUGCGGGUUCACCGACUCAUAUCCACAGUAAAUUUCCUGUACAUGUACAGAUGCGGUUUCUGCAUGACAAGGCUUUCUUUUAAUUCUAUUCAGCAUGACAAGUGGCAUGCUCCAAGUUGGUAAAAUUUGUAAUGCAUUUUGUGCAUGUACAGCAAAUUUGUAUUGCAUAACUCAUUUAGAAACUGUAUGAAGAUCCUGAAGGAGAUGCGGCUGACCGGCAUGCGGUUUCUGCGGAUGUCGCUCACCGAUCCGAUAAAAGACGGCAUGACGGCGAUCUACAAGGGCAGUGGGAUCGCGAAUUCCAAGGAUAGAAGGUCGCGACUGUUAUCCGUUUCCUGCAUGCGGGAUUUGAAAACCGGGAAAUUGCUGACGAAGAAUGAACAGUGCCGGAAGUUGGAAUCUAUCUCUCAAAUCGACGACCAGAACGAAGCGGGAAGACCUCUAAAAGAUGAUGACACGGUGGUCGAGUUUUUAGUCCCGUCUGAACCUUCGGACGCCGAGCAAGAUCUGCCAGAUGAAGCUGAACCCAACAACGUUCUGAACGGCAAGUUUUCGCAACUGCAAAAUAUCAUCGAGCGGCAGUUCACGCUGAAGAACGUCGAGGACCACUGGACGGUUUGGUUAGAGGUGAUCAAAGGGCUGAACAAAACCAACCGCGGACCGUCUUUUUUCACAGAAUCGGUGAAAGGCUCGGACUUGGCGGAAUUUUUGUUCUGCGUCGAGGCGUUGAAGACCGCACAGUUGCUCGGGGGGGAACAACCAGGGGACUUAGUGGAUCUAGACACGGAAUUGGUGUCCCCCCGGAUCAGCUCACCGAGGACGGAAGUGAAGAUGGGAAGUGGGUUGUUGAUAUCAAAUGCAAAUAUGUCUGGGUCUGGAAGAUUCCGAACUUGUGAUGCUGCAUGUGGAUUCCAAAAAAAUCUGUAUUGCAUGGCCAGCAAUGGGAAUGCAAUUUUGGCUACGCGGAGAGGGCAUUUGUCAUGCGGAAUAGGCACCGCGAAGCCCUCGAAAAGUCUGUGAUGCUACGGCAUGCAUUACUGACAUCACGGCCCAGGCAAAACGUGCAUGACAAGUGUCAGAAUCUUCCAGACCCAGACAUUUUUGCAUCUGAUAGUUGAAGCCGGCGGGGGUAGAGGAACGGAGAAUCAAGUCCAGCGAGGAAGAUUUUGAGGAAGCGUCGUUUUUACCGUUGACGUAUCAACUGUAAAAAUGUCUGGGUCUGGAGGAAUUCAUGUUUGUCAUGCUUGUCUGGCAUGACUCUUAAAUCUGUCAUGCGCGUUACCCAAGAGCUCCGUUUUUCUGUGAUGCAGAAGCGCAGUUUGUCAUGCAGAAUAGGCAACACCUAGGAACUCAGAAACUUGUCAUGCUGAGCCAGCAUUUGUAGCCUCAUCAUGAGACGCCACCCAGCAUCACAAGUUUCCAGACCCAGACACUUUUGCACUUGAUACGACGAACGACGAAAGCGAGAAGUUCGUGAGCAAAGCGGAGUGGAACUCGGAAUCGAUUUACCCGCAUCAAUCCUCGACGUUGUCACCGAACGCGAAAUAUCAAAUGCAAAAGCAUCGUACUAGUAUAAAUUGCAUUACAAAUUAGCCCAGCCUUACAAAUUGAAUUUGUAAUGCUGAUUUGCCUUGAGAAAGAGAUUUGUAAUGCAUAAAUGCAAUUACUACGAGUACGAUACUUUUGCACAGGAUACGAAAAAGCGGGAACCGGUUUUAAUGGCGUUGAAUAAUUCGGAUAAAAAGGACGGAAACACGACCAAGGGUACUGUCAAGUUGAACUUAAACACAGCGACCACGACGAUUGACUACAUGGGACCACAAACGAACGUCGCGAAUAGCACAUCACAAAACGCCGCCUCCCAAAAUGAAAACGCUUCCCCCCUCGACUCUUCUUCCAUUCAGGAACACCAGGGCGGGCGGCUCGGCUGGCAGCGAGUGUCCCGGUUUUCCCCUCUCAAAGCGCUCUUGAACCAGCUCCAGCUCUUCGGGGGGUCAGAGACCUUCUGCUGGCUACUCCGCGGCGUCCCGCUAGAAUCCGUGAAGGCGCAGACACUGGCCCUGCAGACGUUGGAGGGGUCGCCGUUGAUUACGGAGGAGAAGGAGCGGGGGCUGUUGGUCAGGUUGUUGGAGUUAGUGGAGGAACUUGGUGGGCUGAAAAAAGCCAUUACGGCACUGCAGGACGAAGUUGAGGCCGAAAACACUUUUUCCCGGGUCCAGCAGUCUCUGCAGGGGUUUGGCGCCGGCGGUGGGGAUAAAAGUUCUGGCGCUGGUGAGAAAAAUGCUGCAGGAAACAACAAGGAUUCGAAAGAAAAGGAAAAGGACCAAGGUAGUGCUGGUGGCGAUAAGAAAGGAAGUAGUGGAAGUGCUUCGAGAAGCCCAAGUAAGGAGAAGGACGAGAAGAAGAACAUUAAUGCUGGUGGUAAGAAAUCCCCCAGUAAACCUUCUAGCCCGGUGCAGGGAGCCGCGUCGCCGAAUCUUCCAAAGGCUGUUGGUCUUGGAGCAGCAGGAGGCGCUUCAGCGGAAGCUGUUCCUGUAGCAUCAGCAACAGCAGUGGCGUCCUCUCCAGCUGUGAAGAAAGCAACUGUCGUCUCUCCGACCGAUGUUAGUGUUGUCACUGCAACUACGCCCGCAGGAAAAGAGCAAGGCGAAGAAGCAGGGGACAGUCAACUCGCCGGCGUUUUAGAACACCAAGAAGCAAGCGUAGACCCAGAAGCCGAUAGUUCCAAAACGGCGCCUAGUAAACAACAAGGCGAUCCGAGCAAGCUGGCUACGACGAAUAACGCUUUACAGUUCACUACCCGUGCGAAGAGGAAGAAGCAGUCGGUGUUUUUCACGGCGUUGGGUGAGAGAAUCGCGGAUGAGCUGCAGCUGGACAUGCACAACGAGGUCCAGGCGUUGCACCAAGCGGAGGCUUUGGUGACGCUCUACCGUGCCCUCUGCGGACCCUCGUUGCAGGAAAUCAAACAGUCGGCCGAGACGUUGAUGCAACAGAAAAUGCAGCAGGAAAAGGACAAUCAAAAUGGACCUGGUGGAAAUAAAGACUCACAUGAAAAGAACAAGAAGGAGUCAAGACUUCGGAAAUACCAGCCGGUCAAGUGGCAAAACCCGAAUCUUCACCCGCCGAAGGAAUUGAAGGCGAAUCUGAAGUCGCUGUAUGGAGGUGGAGGAGCGAAUAACGGGCAGCAGAAAAAAUCCUCGAAAGAGACGAUGAAAGACAAUCAUACAAAGGAUCAGGACCCACAUCAAGAUCACCAACAUGCAGAGGUCGUAGCUGAGGAACCGGAGCAACCGCCGCCAAUCCAGCUGACAAAGCUUUCCCACAACGAAAUUUCCGCGUACCAAAAUCUGAUCCGGGAGGUCGGGAUCUGGUACAAAUCCGCGAACUUAGCCCGGGACCCGAUUGUGAUCCCGCAGUCGCAAUUGAAUUCCGCGCAGCAACAAAACACGGCGUUUGUCCCACCAAAUAACACUAAUAUGAACUACGCGAAGUUACUGACGAAAUACCUUGCGUUUUUGAACAAGAUCGGAGCGCAUACACAUGAUCACUCGACGUUGAAAUUACUGGAGGAAUUGUUUGACUUUGGCCAAAGGGUUCCGAUGUUGAAGGCGGUGAAAAUGUGGCUCCAGCUGAAGCAACUGUUCCCGCAAUCUACGCUAGAAGAGUGGGAAACGCUGCGGAUGUGGAUGCAGCGGUUGGGCACCCACUCCGCGAGUGGGGAAAGGAUGCUGACCGUGGUAUCCUGUGUAAAAACGUCCCCACCCCAUGGUCAAGAUCGGAAAUCUGCUAGACAAAUCAACCAGCCUUGGUUGUUUCGCAUGACAAGAAUGCCCGCAUAGUGUAGUCCUGUUGAGCUAGUUCAGCAGACUCACAGAUCUAGCGCGUCAUGCUGAUUCUAGCAUGACAAAUAAUUCCAAAGCAGGACUGGAAAAUGCUUCUCAUGGGGCUCCGCAUGAGAAACUUUUUUGGCAUGCAGAUUUGCAUUGCAACUCGGGCGGGGACGUUUUUGCUCAGGAUACGUGGCGCCGAUGGUCAGGCUGGUGUCCCGGGUCGUGGAGACGAGAGAAGGACAACUCGCUUUGCAAGACGCGUUUAACCCGUUACCAGAGCCAGAAAGCCCGGCAAAGGUGAUGGCAGCAGGAUCGGGUACUGCUGGUGCAGUAGAGAAUGCUGGCGCAGCUGACAACUCGCAGCAACAAGCGUCAGGGGCCGACAUUAUUCAGCUGAACAUUGUGAAAAACAAGAGCUCGAGCAGUGAGUCGCAAAGGGAACACAAUCCUGUGAGAACAAACCCGCAGAACAAUCUGUUGCACCCUGCUGCCACCGGAUCGCGAAUCCAUUCUUCGUCUUCCAGCUCUGGUGCGUCUAGACAAAGUGCUGGGACUGCAAACAGCCGGAAAACUAUCACACCGCCAGAAAUGGCGAAUCUGGGGCAGGACCAGAUUCUGCUCAUGCAGGAGAAAGACACACAGUCUGCGCAGCAGCAGGCCGCAUUGAUUGAGCAGAACAGCAAAGACAAUGAAGAUCAGUUGAUGAUGUUUUACGCGGAAGACGUGGAGCAAAAAAUUGCGCAAGAACCUGGGAUGGUAUUUCCGAAUAUGCUGAAUGAGAUGCUCGGCGGUGAUCAACCUGCAGGCGACGGACACCAAAUGUCUCUUCCUCUUGACAAAAACGGCCUGCAACAACUCUCGCCGAUCCAGGAAAAUAGUCUCAUGUCCAAGAAACCCAAGAUCCUCCUGGCAAAUCCGGGCGAAGACCCGGCUUUCCAGCACACGCGGCCGAAACUGCUCUCGCCUGGGUUGUUUUUCUCGGAUAGCCGGCAGUUACCUCACGAGUUGAUGGAGAUGUCAUCUGCUGGUGGUGGAUCAUUUGCAGCUGGUGGUGACAAAAAUUUCCUGCACGACAGCGAGCAGUUUUUCUCUCCCUUAGAACCGCCAGAAAAUUACGAGCAGCAGCUCACGACGACGACGUUUUCUCCAACCGCACAGGAGGGGAUGGAACGGGAGAAGGAACUUCUGCUCCUGCGUGAAGGAACAACUUCUAACCAGGAGAAAGAUGUUGAAACAGCAGCAGUUCAUUCAUCCUCAAAAGUAGGAGUGGAAAACAAAUCCUUCACACUCCCCACCCUAGUCCCGGGCCCGACCAGCAUCAAGCGGGCGAAGUCGCUGAAAACAAGACGACCUGGAGCUUCUUCUGCUACCUCGAGUCAGAUGUUGACCGGUGGAGCUGCUGCGAAUCAUCCUGGUGGUAGUGCGACGAGUGCUGUGCCUCCUGCUCAUAAUAUGUCCGGCGCGGUCGCGAAUAAGCCGCCCGUAGCAGUGCCUGCGGAUUUGGCGGUUUAUGACACGAAAAUCAACGCAGCUGCCAGCUCUAGCAGUCCGACCGCACAUGCGAACAUGGUAUGAACUGCAAAAAUGUCUGGGUCUGGAAAGUUGGAACUUGUGAUGCUACCUUUGCACUCUACAUAAAACCUGUAUUGCAUGAACAGCAAUAAAAGAGGCGCAAUCUGUGCUACGCGGAGAGGGCAUUUCUCAUGCGGUAUGAGUAUCAGAAAGCCCUCGCAGAAUCUCUGAUGCUAGGGCAUGCAUCACAGACCUCAUGGGUCAUGGAAAAUCUGCACGACAAACUUCUGCAUUCUUCCAGACCCAGACAUAUUUACAAUCCAUACAUGGUGCUGCUGCGCAAUGGAACAGGACCUCCGAUGUUGCACAAUAGUCGGAACAGUCAGCAGGAUAAAGAUUUGCCCGAGGGCUUCAUCCGGAAACGACGGCGGGACCUGAAUACCAUGCCCAAGUUGCAGAGGGAGUAAGUCGAUGAGUUACUUCUUGUAGAGGUACCCUACAAACAAACUGUGGGGAAAGUUCGUUGUUGAGGCACGAGAAGUGGAACUCUAGCCGAGAACAUAAGUAUUUUUCCACUAUCAUUUUUCAUAAAAUACACUUUUCAUCUCGUAUCGCAUCUGAGAAUCACAAAAAUAGUACGCCUACCCCCGGAAUGAAUUUAUCAACUAGCAGCUUACCUCUAUCGUUGAAAGGAAAUUUUAUACGUCAUUUUGGAACUACAACUACUAGCACGUACAAAUGUAGGAACACUUACACUUCACUUGGAAUUUCAAUUCAUCUGACAUCGUAUCACAUCAACUACAUGUCUACUACGCAUCUAAACUACGAACAGCUAGGCAAAUCAGCUUUUGUCCAAGAGCAUACACUUACUUACUAAUACACUCAGGAGUUUGCAAGCAUCAGCUCAUAAACUUUUACUUUUCUGCAAUGAUUUGCGAUUUCAUGCCAGUUUCGGAAAUCGAGUCUUCCACUUUCUCUGUCCUCACACAGCGAUAUUGAUUAUCGUAUUCGGGAAACUUUUUGAAUAAUGCGAAUGCCGCAUAGAAGUAAUAGGCGGACUUCAAUCUAAUAUUUCAUUUUAAUACAGCAAACACCAAUGUUAUCGCAGGCUCUCAAUAGUACAACACCUUGCAAAUGAUAAAUUUCAGACGUGAUCACAGGCUGCAGCAGCCAAGAAACCAUCAGAAUCAUUUCUUCCGACACACAAGAUCUUUUUGAAAGCAAUAGCGCGGUUUUGUAUAAUAGCAAACAAAAGCGGAGCGUUUUUACAUAGUCCGAGUAUUAGCAUAAAGCAUUUCAAUGGCAAUACGAUUUUUAGGAAUAGCAUACGUUGUUGAUUUUUUUCAGAAUACGACCACGGUAGGAUUUUUUUCAAUAAGAAUUGGAACAUUAGCAGGCAUGCAAUUUUUAGCAGCAAAUAUCAAUAUGCGCCACUAUAUAAUUCAGUUCAAGUAUCUCAUGGUAGCCCCAAGCACGCCGACCGCUUUGGAAAAUAUAAAUUGCAAAUAAUCUUCACUCAACUGUACAUAUGUUGGAUAGAGUGCCACCUUUAAAUUUCCUCGAAUUCAGCUACGUUUGUACAUGCAGUGCCAGUUCGUUCGUCAAAGGGGCUGGUAUUGCUGGUGUUACGCAAACGAAAACAAAAUCUGACUGUUCAGACGGCAAGCGUUUUUGGGCUUUUUUGAAAAAGAAGAUCUGACGUGGCCUAGACCACCACAGAGUUGAAUUGUCCGUACUUUAUCGUACGUGAAUAUAUCGUCCAACAAAGAGCAGAAAUAUGGCCUCAUAUCGUUCUCCAAUGGGUUUAGGUUGUAUUAGCUUCUCUCUAAAAUCAUCAUCAUGCUCACCUCCGUACUGGAUCUGUCGACAAUUUUCCGAAAGUGAAUGAAUAGCGCUGAAAUUUUUAUCGAAACAAAUAGAUCUUCGUUCACACUUCAGAUCAUUCCGCUACGUGCUCCAACAAGAACGUCU